AUGCCCUGGCAUCCGCAUCGUCUACAGGACAAACAGUCAGUCCCUCAACCACCGCGCAUGCACUUCCAGUCACAUAUAUCCACAAUCUCCGUCCAUGAACUUCUCUUAGCCGACGACUGCGCCCUCAACGCCACCUCGGAAGGAGACAUGCAAAGGAGCAUGGAUCUCUAUGUCGCCACCUGCGACAACUUUGGCCUGGCCACCAAUACGGAGAAAAUGGUGGUCAUGCAUUAA